AUGGGCUUCAAGCUCAACAAUGCGACGCACAUCUUCGCGCUCCUCUGCGCGAUCAACCUGCUCAACUACGUGGACCGGGGCAUCAUCCCGGGCGCGCCGGUGCAGUUCCAGCUCUUCGUGCAGGAGACGUACAACGUCGAUCCGAGCGGCGUGAGCUUCUACAUCGGCGUCCUCGUCUCGUCCUUCAUCGCGUCCUACUCGGUCUUCAUCUGCAUCUUCGGCUACAUGUCCAUGACCCGCCGCCCGUUCCUGCUCGCGGCCAUCGGCCUCUUCAUCUGGGUGCUCGCCAUCGUGCUCUGCGGCCUCGCCAAGCCGCUCCAGAGCUUCACGGCGCUCCUCAUCGGUCGCCUCGUCUCCGGUAUCGGCGAGUCGUCGUUCCACGCGACCGCGCCGCCGUUCAUCGACGAGUUCGCACCGCCCGAGAAGCGCACGCUGUGGCUCGGCAUCUUUUACGCCGGCCUCUCGGCGGGUACCGCCGUCGGCUACUCGUACGGCUCGAUCACGGCCCAGACGAUCGGGUGGGACAUCGGCUUCUACAUCACGGCCGUCAUCAUGUUCCCGAUGGCAUGGGCGUGCUGGAAGUGGAUCCCGACGCAGUUUGAUCUGCCGAUGGGCCACGCGCCGUUGAAGGACCAGGAGCUCGACGAAGACCUCAUGAUGCAGACCACCCACCCGGACGAGAAGGUCUCGGUCCUCGGCGAAGUCUGGGCCAUCGUGCGCUGCCCGCUCUUCCUCUGCUCGUCGCUCGGCCUCGCAUCGUACUCGUUCACGCUCGCGGGCAUGGGUGCGUUCGCGCCGGCGAUCCUCAUCGGCCACGGCAUCCUCAGCGAGUCGAUUGCCGCGACCGUCUUUGGCGGCGUCGCGGUCCUCGCGGGUCUCAUUGGGUCGCCGCUCGGCGGCUGGCUCGUCGACCGCGCGUGCAAGGGCCACGAAGACGACGACGAGUACCGCUGCAAGACGGCGGCGUUCCAGAUGUUCGUCAUGAUGACGUCGGGCCUCGCGUUCCUCUUCGCGUCGCUCAUCUUCAUCGAGUCCAAGAUCGUCUUCUUCGUGACCUUUGGCAUCGGGCUCCUCCUCAUGUUCUCGACGCAGCCCGCGACGACGAUCGUGAUUCUGCUCAGCGUCUCGCGCCGCCGUCGCGGCUUUGCCAUGGGUCUCAACACGCUGCUUUUGCAUCUCUUUGGCGAUGUGCCGUCGCCCAUGAUCCUCGGCGCGCUCAAGGACAUGUGGGCGCCGCAGUGCGGCAGUGUCAUCAUCAACAACGAGCCCAAGCUCGACCCGCGCUGUAACGAGAACAAGGCUGGCCUCCAGAAGACGCUCGCCUUCUCGUACGGGUGGCUCGCGUGGGCGUGCAUCCUCUGGGGCGGCGCGUGGCUCAUCGCUCGCAAGCGCGAGAAGGAGGCCAAGGCGCGCACGGUGCUCAUGACGCCCUACUAG